UCUAUUGAAUAUUGAUUUUUCAUUUCGCAAGCCGGUAAUAUGCUCUAGAAUAUUGUGCUUUAAUUUCAGAAUUUUUUAAAGGUUGGGAUAAGGUGGAAACGUCAGGAGAAGCAAUACUUUGUUGUUGAAAUUUAGUUUGAUUAAGUCCUACCUGUAGCAAUUUUUUAUUUUCAGUUCUGACGGCUUUAAGCGGAUACGUUAUUAUUUUUAGUUCUAUUAUGUUCAAUAAAAGUUUAAUUAGUCUCAAAAUGCUGAAGGAGUCUCUAAUUUGAAAGAAAAGUGGAAUCUAUUAUUUCAUAAUUUCUAUCGUUGUUUGAUAGGUGGUGUUACGCGCACCUUUUUGUACUCAAUUAAAAUUGAUCUUUCCAGUUUAAUUUGUUGUCAAAAAAUUAAAAUAGCUGUACUUACCGAUUUUUGCUUCAUCUGUUGUACAUAUGAUUUCAUCUUGAAUGAAGUAUAACGUCAAACUAAUGUAAAUUGCGUUUUACAAUAAGUGUCAAACAUUAAGGUUAGAGUAGACAUACAAAGUAGUGGUUCGUAUUCAGAACGUAUGAAUAUUUUUAUCGAAUAAUUUGCGAAUAAACAUAUUAAAAAAUGGCUGCAAUACUGCGAGUAAAACGUAGACACGACGACGAGCCUACAAAUGCUUUAGUGAUUUCGUACAAACGACAAAAAACAGAUGAAAGCGAGGAAGCGCAGUCAAUUUCACCGGUUCCGUUAACGACACUUGCAAAAUUCGCUGGAACUGUUAAGAAACAGGAAGAUAGUGUUGAUCAUUUAAUUCAAACUUAUGGAAAAGAUGAUUUGAAAGUAAAUUUCAAACAACAUCCUAUAGAUAUCCUAAAUAAACUAAGGGAAACAACGAAACAGUCUUCUGCAGAGAAUCGUUAUAAAGUUGUUAACUGCUGCCGUUCUUUGGAUGAUUCUACUUUGGAGGAUUUCGAAGAUGUGGUCAUGACAGUCAUAGACAUAGAGGAUUCUAAGUCUAUGGCAAAGCAAGAUGCUACCGAAAAAGAUGAUAGUUAUGUAUACGAUGUGUACUAUGUUCAAACUGAAAAUGAUAUAUACUUGGAUAACAUGGUGUCUAUAUAUCCAUACGAGCAACAGCUGGUUUUCGAUGGCUACAGAGAAAACCAAUGUGAACCUGAAUGCGAAUCAGAAGAUUCCAACUCAGAAUCCAAUUGGAGAAACGAUUAUCCUGAUUCUCCUCAUUCUGAGAGAUCAAUCGACGAGGAUGACAUGAGAGAGGCAGUUAUGAAUAUCAGACUGGAUGAAGGGUCUGAUUUAUCAGAGGAAGAUGAUUUCGUAUAUGCGGUUGAUGAAGCUGACGUGGAAAAUUAUGGUUACAAAUAUGCAAGAUAUAAGGCAAGGAUAAAGGAAGAAUUGGGAGAGGAGGAUGAGGACAAUGAAAAUCACCUGAGCGAUUACAGUGCUAUAUGUUUUUCUGAAGAGGAGGAAGAUAAUUCCAGUUUAGAUAGCGAUUUAGAUUAAGAUAAUAUAAUUUAAUUAGAUUUAAUUUUUCCUUUGUAUUAUCAGAUAGUUAAGUAAGCAAUAUUUUUAAUAUGAUAUCGUAUAGUGCGAUUUAAAUUGAUGGAACAUACGUUUUUCUGUGAGACAACUGUGUAAUUUAAAUUAGCGUUCUCAUCGCGUAGAAGUAGGGGUCAUAAAGAUCUUGGAAUUUUGUUUAAUCUAUAUAUUUAUUACAUAUUUAUAUAGAUAUAUUUUGUAUGUAAAAUUGAUCUAUCAAAAUAAAAAUAAUAAAGGUAAGCUUAGACGUUCGAAAGUGGCAAAAGGAAGGUGUGUAUAGGUGUUCAGAAAAUGAAUCAUUCUUUUUUUCGACGAUAUGGCAUAUAAUGAUAUACCAGGUUUAUAAUGUAUAACAAAUUGUUGGAAGUACCAGACAGAGAUUUACAAAUGUUCAGCAAUAAAGGUAUCUUCUCUGUA